CUCGCGGGAUUUGCGGCGGCUCUCGCGGGAUCUCGGGCCGCGGCCAGGGCUCAGUGUAAGAUGGCGGCGGCGGCAGCGGCGGGACGGGCCCGGGCCGGGCUCUGAUUCCCCCCCCCCCGCUCUCCCCGCCCGCUCAAGCAGCUCCCGGCUCCCUCCCCCUCUCAGCGACCGGGCCGGGCCGAGGAUGGACUGGGAGUGAUUCCCGGCGGAGCACGAGGACCAGAACCCCCAAAAUGAAAGUGGAUCGGACGAAACUGAAGAAAACCCCCACGGAGGCGCCCGCCGACUGCCGGGCCCUCAUCGAGAAGCUGAAGGGCUGCAGCGAUGAGCAGCUGGUGACAGAACUGCAGCAGAUCAAGACAUGGAACAUUGGGAAGUGCGAGCUGUACCACUGGGUGGACCUGCUGGACCGCUUCGACGCGCUGCUGGCCGAGGCGGGCCGGCCGGUGGAGGCCAUGAGCUGGAUGCUGGCCUGCGACCGGCCCGAGCGCCAGCCCCUCAAGGCCCUGCUGCUGGCCCUGCUCAACUUCACGGCCCUGCUCAUCGAGUACAGCUUCUCCCGCCACCUCUACAGCUCCAUCGAGCACCUGACCACGCUGCUGGCCUCCUCGGACAUGCACGUGGUGCUGGCCGUGCUCAACCUGCUCUACGUGUUCAGCAAACGCUCCAACUACAUCACCCGCCUGGGCUCCGAGCGCCGCGGGCCCCUGCUGGCCCGCCUGCAGCACCUGGCCGAGAGCUGGGGUGGAAAGGAGAAUGGAUUUGGGCUGGCUGAGUGCUGUCGGGACCUGCACAUGAUGAAAUACCCCCCUAGUGCCACCACCCUGCACUUUGAGUUCUACGCUGAGCCGGGCGUCGAGGUGAAGGUGGACAAGAGGGCCACCAGCACCACCCUGCACUACAUCCACAUCGAGCAGCUGGACAAGGUAAGUAGAGCCCCCUCAGAAAUCAUGGAGUCCCUGACCAAGAUGUACAGCAUCCCCAAGGACAAGCAGAUGCUGCUGUUCACCCACAUCCGCCUGGCCCACGGCUUCUCCAACCACAAGAAGCGGCUGCAGGCGGUGCAGGCGCGGCUCCACGCCAUCUCCAUCCUGGUGUACUCCAACGCGCUGCAGGAGUCGGCCAACAGCAUCCUGUACAACGGGCUGAUCGAGGAGCUGGUGGACGUGCUGCAGAUCACUGACAAGCAGCUGAUGGACAUCAAGGCAGCCUCCCUGCGGACGCUGACGUCCAUCGUGCACCUGGAGCGCACGCCGAAGCUCAGCAGCAUCAUCGACUGCACCGGCACCGCCUCCUACCACGGCUUCCUGCCCGUGCUGGUGCGCAACUGCAUCCAGGCCAUGAUCGACCCUUCCAUGGAGCCCUACCCCCACCAGUUUGCCACGGCGCUCUUCUCCUUCCUGUACCACCUGGCCAGCUACGACGCGGGCGGCGAGGCGCUGGUGUCGUGCGGCAUGAUGGAGGCGCUGCUCAAGGUGAUCAAGUUCCUGGGGGACGAGCAGGACCAGAUCACGUUCGUCACGCGGGCAGUGCGGGUGGUGGAUCUCAUCACCAACCUGGACAUGGCCGCCUUCCAGUCACACAGCGGGCUGUCCAUCUUCAUCUACCGCCUCGAGCACGAGGUGGACCUGUGCCGCCGCGAGUGUCCCUUUGUCAUCAAGCCCAAAGUGCAGCGCCCGCCUGCUGCCACCCUGCCCGAGGGCGAGGACAUGGAGACGGACAUGGAGGUGACCGAUGUGGCCAUGGAGAGCAGCCCCGGCCCCUCGGCCGAAGCCCGGCCGGACCCGGUGCCACCAGCCCCGCCUGCUGUGCCCAGCACCAGCGCUGCCACCCCCUCCCCACGCGGCGGAGUGCAGUGCAUCCCCCAGCGCGCCGCUUUGCUCAAAUCCAUGCUGAACUUCCUCAAAAAAGCCAUCCAAGACCCCGCCUUCUCCGACGGCAUCCGGCACGUGAUGGACGGCUCGCUGCCCACCUCGCUGAAGCACAUCAUCAGCAACGCCGAGUACUACGGCCCCUCGCUGUUCCUGCUGGCGACCGAGGUGGUGACGGUCUUCGUGUUCCAGGAGCCCUCGCUGCUGUCCUCGCUGCAGGACAACGGCCUCACCGACGUCAUGCUGCACGCUCUGCUCAUCAAGGAUGUGCCGGCGACGCGGGAGGUGCUGGGCUCGCUGCCCAACGUGUUCAGCGCGCUGUGCCUGAACGCGCGGGGGCUGCAGAGCUUCGUGCAGUGCCAGCCCUUCGAGCGCCUCUUCAAGGUGCUGCUGUCCCCCGACUACCUGCCCGCCAUGCGCCGCCGCCGCAGCUCCGACCCCCUGGGUGACACAGCCUCCAACCUGGGCAGCGCCGUGGACGAGCUGAUGCGGCACCAGCCCACGCUCAAGACCGACGCCACCACCGCCAUCAUCAAGCUGCUGGAGGAGAUCUGCAGCCUGGGCCGGGACCCCAAGUACAUCUGCCAGAAGCCGUCGAUGCAGAAGGCGGACGGGACGGCGGCCGCGCCGCCCCCGCGCUCGCCCCACGCCGCCGAGGAGGCCUCGAGCGAGGAUGAGGAGGAGGAGGAAGUGCAGGCCAUGCAGAGCUUCGGGGCUGCCCAGCAGAGCGAGGCAGAGCCCAGCCAGACCGUGGUAGGCACGGAGGAACGCAUCCCCAUCCCGCUCAUGGACUACAUCCUCAACGUGAUGAAGUUCGUGGAGUCCAUCCUGAGCAACAACACCACUGACGAUCACUGCCAGGAGUUCGUGGCCCAGCGGGGGCUGCGGCCGCUCGUCACCAUCCUGGGGCUGCCCAACCUGCCCGUGGACUUCCCCACCUCUGCAGCCUGCCAGGCCGUGGCUGGGGUCUGCAAAUCCAUCCUGACUCUCUCCCACGAGCCCAAGGUGCUGCAGGAGGGGCUGGUGCAGCUGGAGGCCGUGCUGUCGGCGCUGGAGCCGCUGCACCGGCCCAUCGAGGCCCCGGGGGGCUCGGUGCUGCUGCGGGAGCUGGCCGGGGCCGGGGCCGUGCCCGACGCCACGCUCUCGGCCCAGGCCACCCCCCUGCUGCACGCGCUGACCGCCGCCCACGCCUUCAUCAUGAUGUUCGUGCACACCUGCAGGGUGGGACAGAGCGAGAUCAGGGCCAUCUCAGUGAACCAGUGGGGAUCCCAGCUGGGACUGAGCGUGCUGGGCAAGCUGAGCCAGCUCUACUGCUCCCUGGUGUGGGAGAGCACCGUGCUGCUGUCCCUCUGCACCCCCAACAGUCUCCCCCCAGGCUGUGAGUUUGGCCAGGCUGACAUGCAGAAACUCGUGCCCAAGGAGGAGAAAACGGCCCCCAGCCCCCCCCAGGGCGGCCGCAGGGCAGAGGGCGAGGCAGAGGGCCCGGGCCCCUCGGGGGGGGCGGGCAGUGACCCCCCCCCAGCCCAGGGGCUGCUGGAGGGGAUGGGGCUGGAGGGGGAGCCCCUGGCCCCCAUGGAGACGGACGAGCCCAGCACCAGCGACCCCAAAGCCAAGGCCAAGAUCACCCCAGCCAUGGCCGCCCGCAUCAAACAGAUCAAACCCCUGCUCUCCGCCUCAUCGCGGCUGGGCCGGGCUCUGGCCGAGCUCUUCGGGCUGCUGGUCAAGCUGUGCGUGGGCUCCCCGGUGCGGCAGCGCCGCAGCCACCACGCGGCCGCCGCCGCCCCCGCGCCCACCGCGGCCGCCCGCGCCACGGCCUCGGCGCUGACCCGGCUGCUGACCAAGGGGCUGAGCUGGCAACCGCCCCCCUACACCCCCACACCACGGUUCCGGCUGACGUUCUUCAUCUGCUCGGUGGGGUUCACGUCGCCCAUGCUGUUCGACGAGCGCAAGUUCCCCUAUCACCUCAUGCUGCAGAAGUUCCUCUGCUCCGGCGGCCACAACGCCCUCUUCGAGACCUUUAACUGGGCACUGUCCAUGGGGGGCAAGGUGCCAGUUGGGGAGGGUCUGGAGCACCCUGACCUGCCGGAUGGCACCGGCGAGUUCCUGGACGCGUGGCUGAUGCUGGUGGAGAAGAUGGUGAACCCCAGCACGGUGCUGGAGUCCCCCCACGCACUGCCUGCCAAGGCCCCCCCGCAUGGGCACCCCCCCUUCAGCGCCCUGCGCUUCCUCGUGGUCACCCAGAAGGCUGCGUUCGCCUGCAUCAAGCAGCUGUGGCAGCGGCGGCCGCUGAAGGUGUACGGCGGGCGCAUGGCCGAGUCCAUGCUGGCCAUCCUGUGCCACAUCCUGCGGGCCGAGCCGCUGCUGCGCGAGCGCCUGGGCCGCGAGAGAGAGGGGCCCGCGCCCGACGAGCCCGGGGGCGACGAGGGGGGGGCCCGCAGGGAGCCCCACGUCAACCAGCAGCAGCUGCAGCAGCUGAUGGACAUGGGUUUCUCCCGGGAACACGCCAUGGAGGCGCUGCUCAACACCAACACCAUGGAGCAGGCCACGGAGUACCUGCUCACCCACCCACCCCCGCUCAUGGGGGGCUCAGCACGGGACCUGAGCAUGUCAGAGGAGGAUCAGAUGAUGAGAGCCAUCGCCAUGUCCCUGGGCCAGGACAUCCCCAUGGAGCAACGCGCCGAGUCCCCAGAGGAGGCCGCGUGCCGCAAGGAGGAGGAGGAGCGGCGGGCGCGGGAGCGGCAGGAGGAGGAGGAGGCCAAGUGCCUGGAGAAGUUCGAGGGGGCCGAGCCGCUGGAGGCGGCCGAGCUCGGGGCCUUCACGGACUCCAUGCUGCCGGGCUGCUCGCAGCUGCUGGACGAGCUGCCCGACACCGUGUACCGCGUCUGCGACCUGCUGAUGACGGCCGUGCGCCGCAACGGCCCGGCCUACCGGGACAGCGUGCUCAAACAGGUGGUGCAGCAGGUGUGGGAGGCGGCCGAUGUCCUGAUCAAGGCGGCCGUGCCGCUGACCACCAGCGACACCAAGACGGUGUCAGAGUGGAUCAGCCAAAUGGCCACCCUGCCCCAGGCCUCCAACCUGGCCACGCGCAUCCUGCUGCUCACCCUGCUCUUCGAGGAGCUGAAGCUGCCCUGUGCCCGUGUGGUGGAGUCCAGCUGCGUGCUGGACGUGCUGAUCAAGCUGCUGGAGGUGGUGCAGCCCUGCCUGCAGGCUGCCAAGGAGCACAAGGAGGUGCAGACCCCCAAGUGGAUCACCCCUGUGCUGCUGCUGAUUGAUUUCUAUGAGAAGACGGCCGUGUCCUCCAAGCGCCGCGCGCAGAUGAACAAGUACCUGCAGGCCACUGGGAACAACUGGCGCUGGUUUGACGACCGCUCGGGCCGCUGGUGCAGCUACAGCGCCAGCAACAACAGCACCAUCGACGCGGCCUGGAGGGCCGGGGAGCCCAGCGUGCGCUUCACGGCCGGCCGGCGGCGCUACACCGUGCAGUUCACCACCAUGGUGCAGGUGAAUGAGGAGACCGGGAACCGGCGCCCGGUGAUGCUGACGCUGCUGAGACCCCCCCGGGCCGGGAAGGGCCGCGAGGAGGGGGGGGCCGAGGACCCCGACGGGAAGAGCAAGGAUGAGACCCCCGCUGCAGACCCCCCUUCUACAGACGAAGACCCCCCCUCUACCACCACCACCACCAGCACCACCACCACUCCCACCGCCCCCUGCCCAUCCCCUCCCUGCCCCACGCCGACCCCCGAGGAGCCGCGGGAGGACGCCGACGCCGAGGCUCCGGUGCGGGGCCUGGCGGAGGAGGCGGUGCCGGCCGUGCUGCGGGCGUGCGUCAGCAUGCUGGGGGUGCCGGUGGACCCCGACACGCUGCACGCCACGCUGCGCCUGUGCCUGCGCCUGACGCGGCAGCACAAGCACGCGCUGCUGUUCGCCGAGCUGCGCUCCACCCGCACCAUCCUGGCGCUCACGCAGAGCUCCGGCUUCACCGGCUUCACCCCGCUGGUCACGCUGCUCUUCCGGCACAUCAUCGAGGACCCCUGCACGCUGCGGCACACCAUGGAGAAGGUGGUGCGGUCAGCAGCCACGAGCGGGGCGGGCAGCACCACCUCGGGGGUGGUGUCAGGCAGCCUGGGCUCACGGGAGGUGAACUACAUCCUGCGUGUGCUGGGCCCCGCCGCCUGCCGCAGCCCCCACGUCUUCACCGAGGUGGCCACGGGCUGCAUCCGCAUCGCCCUGCCCGCGCCGCGCGGCUCCGGCACCGCCUCUGACGACGAGUUCGAGAACCUGCGGAUCAAGGGGCCCAACGCGGUGCAGCUGGUGAAGACCACGCCGGCCAAGGCGGCCGCGCUGCCGCCCAUCCCCGAGCCCAUCCGCGACGUCAUCUACGACAUGCUCAACGCCCUGGCCGCCUACCACGCCCCUGAUGAGGGUGACAAGGGGGACCCCAAGAGCGCGGCGCCCAGCGAGGUGAGCCAGCUGCUGUCGGACAUUGGGGACGACAUGUACCAGCAGUACCGCAGCCUCACCCGCCCCGCCCCCGCCGACUUCGACCCCCCUGCCGGCUUCGCCAUCAAUGCCCAGGUUUUUGCUGCUGACGGAGCUGCUGCAGAGGACGCCACCUCGGGAACCCCCCAGGGAGAAGCAUCCAGCCCCGAGGAGGGCCGCGAGGGCCGCAAGGAGAAGGAGGGGGAGCGUGGGGAGGAGCGGGGCCGGGCGCGGGGCUCCAAGCCCCUGAUGCCCACCUCGACCAUCCUGCGGCUGCUGGCCGAGCUGGUGCGCUCCUACGUGGGCAUCGCCGCCCUGAUCGCCAACUACAGCUACAGCGUGGGCCAGUCCGAGCUCAUCAAGGAGGACUGCAGCGUGCUGGCCUUUGUCCUGGACCACCUGCUGCCCCACCAGCAGAACGCCGAGGACAAGGACACGCCGGCGCUGGCGCGGCUCUUCCUGGCCAGCCUGGCCGCGGCCGGCAGCGGCACCGAUGCCCAGGUGGCCCUGGUCAACGAGGUCAAGGCCGCCCUCGGCCGCGCCCUGGCCAUGGCCGAGAGCACCGAGAAACACGCCAGGCUCCAGGCCGUCAUGUGCAUCAUCAGCACCAUCAUGGAGUCGUGUCCGUCCACCUCGAGCUUCUACAGCAGCGGCCAAGCCGCCCACAACGGCAUGAACAACAUCAUCCGCCUGUUCCUCAAGAAGGCUGUCAACGACCUGGCCCGUGUGCCCCACAGCCUCGACCUGUCCAGCGCUGUUCCCCCAGCCCCCAACAUGGCCAACACGGUGAACGCGGCGCUGAAGCCGCUGGAGACGCUGUCGCGCAUCGUGAACCAGCCCAGCGGGCUCUUCGGGGCCAAGGGCUCCUCAGCAAGAGCAAGGCCGAGGGGCAACGGGGGCACCCGCGAGGCGGGGUCCGCACCCCCCGAUGGAGGUACCCCCCAGGACCCCCGGGGGACCCCGGGGACCCCGAGCCCCCCGAGGGAGGACGCGGAGGCGGCGCAGGCCGAGGCGGCCGACGGGGACAUGGACGGCGAGGCCGAGGGGGACACGGUGGUGCUGGCCGGGCAGCCCGAGGGGCUCAGCACCCAGGAGAUGCAGGUGGAGAAUGAGCUGGAGGAUCUCAUUGACGAGCUGCUGGAGAGGGACGGCGCUGACGGCAACAGCACCAUCAUCGUGAGCCGCUCGGCCGAGGACGAGUCGCAGGAGGAUGUUCUGAUGGACGAGGCUCCGUCCAACCUCAGCCAGGCCUCCACACUGCAGGCCAACCGUGAAGAUUCCAUGAACAUCCUGGACCCCGAGGAUGAGGAGGAGCACACGCAGGAGGAGGACAGCAGCGGCAGCAACGAGGACGAGGAUGACAGCCAGGAUGAGGAGGAGGAGGAGGAAGAGGAGGAUGAGGAUGAUCAGGACGAUGAGGAGGGUGAGGAAGGUGAGGAGGAGGAGGAUGAUGAUGAUGGCUCAGAGAUGGAGCUGGACGAGGAUUACCCCGACAUGAACGCCUCGCCCCUCGUGCGCUUCGAGCGCUUCGACCGCGACGACGACCUCAUCAUUGAGUUUGACAACAUGUUCUCCAGCCCCACUGACAUCCCGCCGUCCCCCGGGAACAUCCCUGCCAGCCACCCUCUGCUGGUGCGGCACGCGGAGCACGGGGGGCUGGGGCUGGGGGCCGGCCCGGGGGGCGCCCGCCUGGCCCAGGGGCUGGGCCGGAGCCAGCGCACGCUGCGGCAGCUCACGGCCAACGCCGGCCACACCAUCCACGUGCACUACCCAGGGGCACGGCAGCCAAACCCGCCCCUGAUCCUGCAGCGGCUCCUGGGCCCCUCGGCGGCCGCGGACAUCCUGCAGCUGAGCAGCAGCCUCCCGCUGCAGAGCCGGGGCCGGGCGCGGCUGCUGGUGGGCAACGAGGACGUGCACAUCAUCGCCCGCUCCGACGACGAGCUGCUGGACGACUUCUUCCACGAGCAGGGCAGCGCGGGCAGCCAGGCAGGGACCCUGUCCAGCAUCCCCACGGCCCUGACGCGCUGGACCGAGGAGUGCAAGGUCCUGGACGCCGAGAGCAUGCACGACUGCGUGUCUGUGGUCAAGGUGCCCAUCCUGGCCCGGCUGGAGGCGCUGCGGGACGAGGAGCUGGACGAGCGGCGCGAGAAGCGCCGGCGCCAGGCGGCCGAGGACGAGGCCAAAGGCGCCGAGCGCGGCCCCGAGGACAAGGACGGGGCAGAGGCCCAGGACGCGGCGUCCAAAGCCGGCCCCGCUUCGGCCGACGUCACCCCCCCAGAACACAGCGGGACCCCGGGAGAGACCCCCCCUCCCGGUCCCCACCGGACACUGGUGAUGCUGGAACCGACGCCGACCCCCCCAGACCCCCCCCCAGGAGCCCCCCAAAUCCCCGCUCGCCCCCCCCAGCCCCCCGAGCACGAAGAGGGGGGGCCCGGACGACCCCCCCAAGACGCCGAGGCCACUCAGAUGGAGCUGUCACCCGCCCCCACCAUCACGUCGCUGUCCCCAGAGCGGGCGGAGGACUCGGACGCGCUGACGGCCGUGAGCAGCCAGCUGGAGGGGUCCCCCAUGGACACCUCGAGUUUGGCUUCCUGCACCUUGGAAGAGUCAGGAGGGGCUCCCCCUGCCCCCACAGCCCCCAAAACCCCCCCUGGAACCCCCCAAGGACCCCCUCCCGCCCCCCCUGACACCGCUCAGCCUCCGGACGAUAGCUCCCCCCCGGCCUCAUCCUCGGAGAGUUCAUCCACCCGGGACUCGGCCGGGGCCAUUUCUGGGGCCGACUCGCGGGGGAUCCUGGAGGAGCCGCUGCCGUCCACCAGCAGCGAGGAGGAGGAUCCGCUGGCCGGGAUCAGCCUCCCCGAGGGCGUGGACCCGUCCUUCCUGGCGGCGCUGCCGGACGACAUCCGGCGGGAGGUGCUGCAGAACCAGCUGGGGAUCCGCCCACCUGCACGGGCCCCGCCCACCGCCAGCCCCGCCCCGCCCGUGGUGGCCAACCCCGGCCUCACCGAGGUCAGCCCCGAGUUCCUGGCAGCGCUGCCCCCGGCCAUCCAGGAGGAGGUGCUGGCGCAGCAGCGGGCGGAGCAGCAGCGGCGGGAGCUGGCUCAGGCCACGGGCUCGGACGCGCCCAUGGACCCGGUGACGUUCAUCCAGACGCUGCCGUCCGAGCUGCGGCGCUCGGUGCUGGAGGACAUGGAGGACUCGGUGCUGGCCGUGAUGCCGCCGGACAUCGCGGCCGAGGCGCAGGCGCUGCGGCGCGAGCAGGAGGCGCGGCAGCGGCAGCUCAUGCACGAGCGCCUCUUCGGCCACUCCAGCACCUCGGCGCUCUCGGCCAUCCUGCGCAGCCCCGCGUUCACCAGCCGGCUCAGCGGGAACCGGGGCGUUCAGUACACGCGGCUGGCGGUGCAGAGGGGGGGCACCUUCCACAUGGGGGGCACCGGCACCCACAGCAGGCCGGCGGGCAGCAGCGUGGACAGCCUGCUGCGCCUGCGCGGGCGGCUGCUGCUGGACCACGAGGCUCUGUCCUGCCUGCUGGUGCUGCUCUUCGUGGACGAGCCCAAGCUGAACACCAGCCGCCUGCACCGCGUCCUGCGCAACCUCUGCUACCACGCUCCCACGCGGGGCUGGGUGGUCCGCAGCCUGCUGUCCAUCCUGCAGCGCAGCAGCGAGAGCGAGCUGUGCCUCGAGACCCCCCGCGGGACCCCCGGGCCGGGCUCCGAGGAGCGGCCGCGGGGCCGAGGCGGCGGGAGCCGCGCCGGGCCCGGCUCUGCCGCGGAGCCGCGCGGGCUGGACCUGCUGCACCGCAUGGAAUCGCGCAGCUCCGGGCAGCUCUCCUGGCUCUCCGUGUCCAUGGACGCCGCCUUGGGCUGCAGGACCAACAUCUUCCAGAUCCAGCGCGUGCCCGGCCGCAAGCACACGGAGAAACACGCGGCGGCCGCCGGCUCCGCCGUCCACAUCCACCCCCAGGCCGCGCCCGUGGUGUGCCGGCACGUGCUGGACACCCUCAUCCAGCUGGCCAAGGUCUUCCCCAGCCACUUCACCCAACAACGAGGCCGAGACCCCGCCACCGACCCGGAGCGCGACCGCGGCCCCCCCAAAUCCGGGGGCAGCCCUUGCCCUCCCCCACCCCCCCAAACCCCACCAGCACCCCCACCCCCUCCCCCCCCCACCGGCGCCCCCUCCCAAGCUGCGCCCCCCCAGUCCCAAUCCGGCUCCUUGUCCACCGACUUUUGGGACCUGCUGGUCAAGCUGGACAACAUGAACGUGAGCCGGAAGGGGAAGGGGUCGGCGCGGGCGGGGGGCGGCGGGGGGGGCCCCGAGCCCGAGGCGGCCGGGGGGGGCCUGGAGGCGUCGCCGCUGGGGCAGCUGAUGAACAUGCUGUCGCACGGCGUCAUCCGCCGCAGCCCCCUCCUCACCGAGAAGCUGCUGCGCCUCCUGUCCCUCAUCUCCAUCGCCCUCCCCGAGGGGGGCAAGGCCGGCGAGGGGGGGGCAGCGCCCCAGAACGGAGCCCCCGCCCCCCCCCGCGCCCGCCCCGCCCGCUGCAGGGGCACAGGGAGCAGCCUGGGCAGGGUGAGGGUGGCAUCUCAGUGGCAUCUCCCACCCACUGCCACCACCCCCACCGCUGUGUCCCUGCUGUCCCCAGCCCCUGCCAAGAGCUCCAAGUCUCCUGCCAAAGUCCCCGAGGGUGGCCCUGACCCCCGGCUGGCGGCCACAGGCCUGACCGAGAGCCAGCUCCAGCUCUCCGUGGAGGUGCUGACAUCACACUCGUGCUCGGAGGAGGGGCUGGAGGACGCGGCCAAUGUCCUGCUGCAGCUGUCACGGGGGGACGCGGGGACAAGGGACACGGUGCUGCGGCUGCUGCUCAGCGGGGCCCGGCAGCUGGGGGGGGCCCUGUGCCGCCAGAUCGGGACGCUGCUGGCCGAGCUCCGUGAGUACAACCUGGAGCAGCAGCGGCGGGCACAGCUCGAGGCCCCGUCCCCUGAGGGGCUCCCCGAGGAGCAGCCCCCCAGCGCCAAGCUCAAGGGCAAAAUGCAGAGCCGCUUCGACACGGCCGAGAGCGUGGUCAUCGUGGCGUCUCAGAAGCGCGCUCUGGGCGGCCGGGAGCUGCAGCUGCCCUCCAUGUCCGUGCUGACCUCCAAGACGUCCACGCAGCGCUUCUUCCUGCGCGUGCUGCAGGUCAUCAUCCAGCUGCGCGACGACACGCGCCGGGCGCACCGCAAGGCCAAGCAGCCCGGCCGGCUGGGCGCCGCGGGGCUGGGGGCGGCCGGCAGCAUCCAGGCCGCCGUCCGGCAGCUGGAGGCCGAGGCCGACGCCAUCAUACAAAUGGUACGUGAGGGCCAGAGGGCCCGGAGGCGGCAGCAGGGAGACACGUCGGAGGCCGGGCCCGCGGACGCCGUCCCCCGGCGCGAGGAGUCGCCCAUGGACGUGGACCAGCCCUCGCCCGCGCCGCAGGACGUGGGCCCCGAGGCCGCACAGGGUGGGGACAGGGACAGGGACAGGGAGGAGCGGCCCCCGGAGCUGCCCCUGCUGAGCGAGCAGCUGAGCCUGGACGAGCUGUGGGACAUGCUGGGAGAGUGCCUCAAGGAGCUCGAGGAGUCCCACGACCAGCACGCCGUGCUCGUGCUGCAGCCGGCCGUCGAGGCGUUUUUCCUGGUGCACGCCACGGAGCGCGAGAGCCGCCCGCCGGUGCGGGACACGCGGGAGAGCCAGCUGGCACACAUCAAGGACGAGCCACCCCCGCUGUCCCCCGCGCCCCUCACCCCCGCCACCCCCUCUGCCCUGGACCCCUUCUUCUCACGGGAGCCCUCGGCCAUGCACAUCUCGGCCAGCCUGCCCCCGGACACGCAGAAAUUCCUGCGCUUCGCCGAGACCCACCGGACGGUGCUGAACCAGAUCCUGCGGCAGUCCACCACGCACCUGGCCGACGGCCCCUUCGCCGUGCUGGUCGACUACAUCCGCGUGCUGGACUUCGACGUCAAGCGCAAGUACUUCAGGCAGGAGCUGGAGCGCCUGGACGAGGGGCUGCGCAAGGAGGACAUGGCCGUGCACGUGCGGCGCGAUCACGUCUUCGAGGACUCGUACCGGGAGCUGCACCGCAAAUCCCCCGAGGAGAUGAAGAACCGCCUGUACAUCGUGUUCGAGGGCGAGGAGGGCCAGGACGCCGGGGGGCUGCUGCGGGAGUGGUACAUGAUCAUCUCCCGCGAGAUGUUCAACCCCAUGUACGCCCUGUUCCGCACGUCGCCCGGCGACCGCGUCACCUACACCAUCAACCCCUCGUCCCACUGCAACCCCAACCACCUGAGCUACUUCAAGUUCGUGGGCAGGAUCGUGGCCAAGGCCGUCUACGACAACCGGCUGCUGGAGUGCUACUUCACCCGCUCCUUCUACAAACACAUCCUGGGCAAGUCCGUGCGGUACACGGACAUGGAGAGCGAGGACUAUCACUUCUACCAGGGCCUCGUGUACCUGCUGGAGAACGACGUCUCCACGCUGGGCUACGACCUCACCUUCAGCACUGAGGUGCAGGAAUUCGGGGUGUGCGAGGUGCGGGACCUGAAGCCCAACGGGGCCAACGUGCUGGUGACGGAGGAGAACAAGAAGGAGUACGUGCACCUCGUGUGCCAGAUGCGCAUGACCGGCGCCAUCCGGAAGCAGCUGGCGGCGUUCCUGGAAGGCUUCUACGAGAUCAUCCCCAAGCGCCUCAUCUCCAUCUUCACGGAGCAGGAGCUGGAGCUGCUCAUCUCGGGGCUGCCCACCAUCGACAUCGACGACCUCAAGGCCAACACCGAGUACCACAAGUACCAGGGCAACUCCAUCCAGAUCCAGUGGUUCUGGCGUGCCCUGCGCUCCUUCGACCAGGCCGACCGCGCCAAGUUCCUGCAGUUCGUGACGGGCACGUCCAAGGUGCCCCUGCAGGGAUUCGCCGCCCUCGAGGGCAUGAACGGCAUCCAGAAAUUCCAGAUCCACCGCGACGACCGCUCCACCGACCGGCUGCCCUCGGCCCACACCUGCUUCAACCAGCUGGACCUGCCGGCCUACGAGAGCUACGAGAAGCUGCGGCACAUGCUGCUGCUGGCCAUCCAGGAGUGCUCCGAGGGCUUCGGGCUGGCCUAGGGCCGCGCCGGCCCCCGCAGGCCUCUAUAAAUAUAUAUAUAUUUUUUGGUUC